CGUUUUUAAGCAUCCGGCGCACGUUAGCCACAUUACACAGACGAACGCCUCGACUAUAAAAGCUUGCUUAAGCACCGACUCUCACAUUCUCCACUUCUCUGCCUCAUUUUUGCUCUGUUAAUGGCGGCGGCUACUUCCUCCUUCUCUCCAGCCCUCUCUGCUCUACAAUUGUCGUCAGCAUCCAAAACCCACGAGGCUCCGUCCAGCCUAGGGUUUUCUUCUGUGGUGUCGAAGACUCUAAACCCUCUCAUAGCCAAAGCUACACGCGGUGUUAACAGUGUCUCCGGCGGCGGCUCGGCUCUCGGAGCUCGUAUGGUGUCAAUGCCUACUGUUAAGCCCCCGGUGUCUCUCGAUUUCGAGACAUCUGUUUUCAAGAAGGAGAAGAUCAAUCUCGCUGGUCACGACGAGUUUAUUGUGAGAGGAGGGCGGGAUCUGUUCCAUUUGUUGCCCGAUGCUUUCAAGGGUAUUAAACAGAUUGGUGUUAUCGGUUGGGGUUCUCAGGGACCUGCUCAAGCUCAGAAUUUAAGAGAUUCUCUAGCUGAAGCAAAGUCUGAUAUUGUGGUCAAGAUUGGGCUCAGGAAGGGUUCCCGUUCUUUUGCUGAAGCUCGUGCAUCUGGUUUCUCUGAGGAGAAUGGGACAUUGGGUGAUAUAUGGGAAACAGUCUCGGGCAGUGAUCUCGUUUUGCUACUAAUUUCUGAUUCUGCACAGGCUGAUAAUUAUGAGAAAGUAUUUUCACACAUGAAGCCCAAUAGUAUACUGGGCCUUUCCCAUGGUUUCCUUUUAGGGCAUUUGCAGUCAGUGGGUCUUGACUUCCCCAAGAACAUCAGUGUAAUUGCUGUAUGUCCAAAGGGGAUGGGUCCAUCUGUAAGGCGACUUUAUGUCCAAGGAAAAGAGAUAAAUGGUGCGGGAAUUAAUUCCAGUUUUGCAGUCCAUCAGGAUGUUGAUGGUAGAGCCACAGAUGUGGCCCUUGGCUGGUCGGUUGCCCUUGGUUCUCCUUUUACAUUUGCUACUACGCUAGAGCAGGAAUACAAAAGUGACAUCUUUGGCGAGCGAGGCAUUUUACUUGGUGCUGUUCAUGGAAUUGUGGAGUCCCUGUUUAGAAGAUACACUGAAAAUGGAAUGAGUGAAGAUUUGGCUUAUAAAAACACUGUAGAAUGCGUAACUGGAAUUGUGUCAAGGACCAUCUCAACUAAGGGCAUGCUGGAGAUAUACAACUCUCUGUCUGAAGAUGGCAAAAAGGAAUUUGAGACUGCAUAUAGUGCCUCAUACUAUCCUUGCAUGGACAUCUUGUAUGAAUGCUAUGAAGAUGUAGCCAGCGGUAGUGAGAUCCGUAGUGUUGUCUUGGCCGGGCGUCGCUUUUAUGAGAAGGAUGGUCUGCCUGCAUUCCCAAUGGGUAAAAUUGAUCAGACCCGCAUGUGGAAAGUCGGGGAGCGUGUCCGAGCAACACGGCCAGCUGGUGACCUAGGCCCAUUACACCCUUUCACUGCUGGUGUUUUUGUUGCCUUGAUGAUGGCACAGAUCGAAGUCUUGAGGAAGAAGGGUCAUUCAUAUUCAGAGAUCAUUAAUGAAAGCGUUAUUGAGUCUGUGGAUUCUUUGAAUCCUUUUAUGCAUGCUCGGGGAGUUGCCUUCAUGGUUGACAAUUGUUCAACAACAGCUCGGUUGGGGUCUAGGAAAUGGGCUCCAAGAUUUGAUUACAUUCUUACUCAGCAGGCCUUGGUUUCUGUGGAUAAUGGUGCACCCAUCAACCAAGACCUCAUCAGCAACUUCAUGUCAGAUCCAGUACAUGGAGCCAUUAAAGUAUGCGCCGAACUGAGACCUACAGUUGAUAUUUCGGUGCCUGCUGAUGCAGACUUUGUGCGACCAGAGUUGCGUCAAUCUAGCAAUUAGAACUUGAAGAACCUACUGCCCGUGUUGGCCUACAAAAUCCGUUUGGCGAAAUAUUAAGGUGUGAUGUAGUUUUACCCAGUUUCUGUGUUUUCAUCAUGUGUACUUUUAUCGGAUUGCAAGUUGUGUUUGACGCUGGAUGUUUUUUUUAAUGAUUUUGCAUAAUAAUAAGUAGUUAAAUUAUUAAUGGUGUUUGCCUUUCUGAGUCCAAGUUGAUGUUAUCGCACAUGGUGGUUCCUUUUGAAGGUCUGGUAAUUGGAUUAUGAUGCAGCUUCAGAGAGGAGGGAAAAAAAGGCCAGCAAAUUAGGGCAUGGUUCCUUUGAAGGCCUAGCUUAUUAGUCAAGUGGAAGUUGACUGGCUAAAAAUUUGUAUUUCUUAUUGUUGCAAGUGCGCCAUUAAUACCGUUGAGUUAGUAGGCUCAUACACAAGAAGCCUGGGAGUUAUUGACUUUUUACCUAGAUUGGCCCAGGUCAUGAGUUGUAAUGAAAAUGACAGAAGAAUCUGCCUAAAGCACAAUUGGUUAGAUUCAAUUCAAUUUAAUUUAAAUUGAACUUUAA